AGAUAUCCAACCGGCAGAGUACCUUCUCCGUGACACACGGGGCUGGCGCGAGACUGGAUCAAUGUUAACUGUCUACACUCCUCUCUGAAAGGAACAAACGAGUGUGGGAGAGAGUGAGAGUGAGAAAAAGAUAGAGAAAUAAGGAUCUUUACUCCUGUCUUAAAGGGACAGGAUCCACCAGGUUUCCAGGAUGCUGUGACCCUGGUCAGGGGUUUAGGUCAUCGGUCAGGGUUUAAGGGAUCAGGUUAUGUUUGGGGACAUGAUGUGUUCCCCGGUGGGGUCUCGGUCUCCGGUCGACAGCGCUGGGAACAGUGAGGAAGAGAUUGACCAACACCGGAGGCCACGUAGAGGCACCAGAAAACAGUGGGCAAGCCGAAGGAGACCGAGGGAGCAGGAUGAAGAUGAAGAAGAUGAAGGGAACCAGAAUAUCCAAAGCCCGGGGAAGAAGAGGGGGAAGAGGAGAGGAAGUGACUGGAGUGACUGGAGUGACGUCAGCAGUGUGAGCGGCCUACCCAGGUCUCUGGAGGACACGCAGAAUCAGCGUGUCAUGGCUAACGUACGGGAGCGACAGAGGACCCAGUCACUCAACCAGGCCUUCGCCUCGCUACGACAGAUCAUUCCCACGCUGCCCUCAGACAAACUCAGCAAGAUCCAGACGCUCAAACUGGCCACGCGCUACAUAGACUUCCUCCAUCACGUGCUGCAGGGCGAGGGGAUGGGCCUGGAUUUGGACGAGGAGCAUGUGUCAGGAGCAGCCAGCUGUGGUUACGUGGCCCAUGAGCGUCUGAGCUAUGUAUUCUCAGUGUGGAGGAUGGAGGAGGAAGCAUGCUCGGGGUCUGCUACACCACACUAGUGCUCCCUCCACUGCAGGGGCACAACCAAACAGGAUUAUCCAAGAGAAUCCAUAUUGGUUGGGGUGGUUCAACAUGCUACAACUGGACUGUGGUACACCGGAGAACGCAGGACUAAACGGCCUAGCAUGAUGGAACAUCUCGUAACGACGAAUGUUAGAGACAUAAACAAAGAUUUUACAACACUUUCUGUACUGUGUAUCUCUAUGGUGGGAGAUAUGCAGGAUUGUUUCUGUGUGCUUGAUUCCAACAAUCCAUAGGCCUUAUAGGGGUCACACAGGGCAGAUAAUAGAUCAAAAACCCAUCCGUGGACAACUGUAGCUCAUUUUGGUCUGUUCUAGACUUCACGCACAGACAUAGAGACUGUCAGAAUGCUCCACAUGACCUCUACCACAGGAGGUUGGUGGCACCUUAAUUGGGGGAUAAGGGCUCAUGGUAAUGGCUGGAGCGGAGUUAGUGGAAUGGUAUCAAAUACAUGGUUUCCAUGUGUUUGAUGCCAUUCCAUUUGCUCCGUUCCGGCCAUUACCAUGAGCCGUCCUCCCCUCAGCACUCUCUACACUCUAUUUCUCUCCAUGGGGAUUGGCAACAGAUGAAGUUCCAGUCUUUGUAUCAACAAACUCACACAAAGUUAUACAGAUUAUUUUCUCCUGGCUUCUGAAAUAUCAAUGUAUUGAUUGAUGUUACAAUGAAGAAUGGGUCCAUUUCUAAAUGCAUUUAAAAUGUUGUAGUGUUGUAAAUAUCUUUAAUUAUCUUCUGAAAUAACAAUUAGUGUAUGUUUGAAUUGACAUUUUUGUCAUUUAGCUGAUGGUUUUAUCCAGAGCGUGUAAAUAUACAGUAACAGUAGACUACCGAUGUUUGCAGGGUUGAGGAGGUUACUUUCUAAAUAUCAUCUGUUACUUGUCCAAAAUUGUCAUCAGUAAUUUAAUUUUGGGAUUACCCAAAUUUAGUAACGUAAAUCUGAUUACUUUCCCCUUAACUGGCAUUAGAAGACAAAAAUGAUCCAUAAAAUGCAUUUGGUGUGUCAUCAUACUGGUCUCUGACUUGUGGUCAGACUCGCUCAGGUGGAACAAAUGUAAACUUGCAUCUUUUUUCUCCAAUGCUGAAUUGAACGUAAUUGAGAAAACAAA